AAAUAAUUUUUUCUAUUGUUUUUUUAAAGAAAAUUGGUCAAUUUUUUUCAAAACAAAAAUCUCAAUAUGCUGGACCCAACAACAACAACAACAACAUUGAUUCCAUCGAUGAAUAUCAAUAAUCAUCCAACGGCUUCAAUGUUACUUUUAUUACAAUUAUUUAAUAUUUCCAAAAGAAAUUCAGCUAAUGAUAUCGGUUUUCAUCAUCAAAAUGAUUCAUCAAUUGAAUUUGUUAAUAAUGAUAAUAAUUCUUCAUCAUUACAAUUCACACCACGAUUUAAUCUAAUGAAUUAUCAACAACAAUUAAUGCAAUUACAUCCAUUAUUAGCACUGAUUUAUUCAAAUAAUAAUAAUAAUGAUCAGGAAAAAAUUUAUUCAAAUUUUACUGGAAUUUUUGAACCAUCACAACAGCUUUCGUAUACAAAACCAACAACGAUAAAACCACAUUGGAAUCAUCAUCAUCAUCAUAAUAAUCAUUUAUGUUGUACAUCGAAUUGUGGUCUGAAUAUUGAUCAUUUUUAUUCGAAUGGACGUAUGCCAAAUGAAUUUGACAUAACAAAUUCUAGUCCAUUUAAUUUUCGUCGAAAUCAACUAAGAAUUGUUGGUGGACAAAAUAUUGAUAUUGGAAAAAUACCAUGGCAAAUUUCAUUUCAACGAUUACGUGGUCGUUAUUCAACAAAUUAUAAACAUUUUUGUGGCGGUGCAAUCAUCAAUCCAGAAUGGAUUAUAACAGCAGCACAUUGUUUUGGAUGGCUUAGAGGUAAUCCAGUAAAAGCGAAUCAAAUGGAAAGUUUAAGAAUGGUUUCCGGAACGAAUACAGUUUUACCAAAUGAAUAUAAUUUUAUUAAUAAUAAUGAUCAUAAUCAAAUUAUAUCAAAAAUUGAAAAAGUUAUUAAAUAUCCAUUAUAUCGAAAAAAUUCAUCCAAAUAUGAUAUAGCAUUGGUUAAAUUAUCUAAACCAUUACCAUCAAUGUUACCGAAUUCCCGGACCAAUGCUAUUUGUUUACCGCCAUCAUCAUCAUCAUCAUCAUUAAUAUCACAUUAUCGACAUGAUGGUUAUACUGUUUCUGGUUAUGGUCGUACAUCGGAAAAUGGUCAAGCAGCACCAGCAUUAAAAGCAGUUAAUGUAACCAUAAGAUCAGAUUCUGAAUGUAAACAUGUUUAUGAUGAUUUAUAUAUACCGGAAAAUAUGAUUUGUGCCGGUGAUAAAGAUAAAGAUUCUUGUCAAGGUGAUUCUGGUGGACCAUUAUUUCGUUUAGAUCCAUCAUCGAAUCGUUAUAUACUUUAUGGUAUUGUAUCAUAUGGUGUUGGUUGUGGACGUGAAAAAUAUCCCGGUAUUUAUUCACGAGUAAGUUAUUAUUCAAAUUGGAUACAAAAUCAAAUUAAAUCGAUCGACAAUAAUCAUCAUCAUCAACAACAACAACAACAACAAAAUUAUUUAAAUAUUUUAAAAAAACUUUUUAAUUACAAUUUUUUUUUUAAUGUUUAUUAA